AUGAGGGCCUGGAGCCUUCUCCUCCUGGUGGGCCUCCUGGCUUUGGGGAGCCAGCUGCCUGCUGCCUCCGCCAGGAAGAAGGGAGAGAAAUUUGGGGGCUGCCCACCGGACGAUGGACCCUGUCCCCUCUCGGUGCCUGACCACUGCAUGGAUGAUAGCCAGUGUCCCUCAAGGAUGAAGUGUUGCUACAAAGCAUGCUUCCGCCAGUGUGUCCCCAUGGUCUCCGUGAAGCGGGGCAACUGCCCGGAGGACCGCCUGCGCUGCCUCAGCCCCAUACAGCACCUGUGUAACAAGGACUCAGACUGCAGGGGCUCCAGUCGGUGCUGCCUCGGGGCCUGUGGCCGAGACUGUCGCAACCCCGUCCAAGGGAUAAGUGACCUGAAGCAGAGUACCUGGCACAUUGCAAGGACGCAGUUUUACGGAAGCGAUCGAUGUGGCCUCCGCUGCGGGGGACAGAGGAAGACAGAGAAGGACGGGGCGGCGGGGCCUCCGGCAGCAGCGACGCUCCGCGGGGCAGCAGGAGCAGAGACGAGCCCGGCCGCCCAGCGGACCCCCUCCGGCCUCCGCGGCUUCGCUUUCCGAACAGACGCGCCCGGCGGCGAGGGGCCUCGCAGGCGGGAGCCCUGUGGGGCGGCCAAGCUCUGGGAUCCGUCCUGUUGGUUCAUCCGCUAA